UGAAUUUUCAUGCGUUUUCAAUCGCGAUCGAAGGCGACCACCGGGCCUCUUGGACGGAAGCGCCAUGGUGGAGCCGUCGGGAAGAGUCUUCAGAUGUUGCGGGGCCAACGAGACGAUCCCGGUUAAAGGGCAGACAUGGCCGUUCAAUGUUUGUUUGAAUUAAAGUUGUUGGGAGAAGUGUUCAAAACAAAAGAAUUCCAAAACAUAUACCCUGGGAAUCCAAGACUAUUUUUUAAAACGGUCUUAUCGGUGAUCCGAAAAGGAAGUUCCUUUACUUGGGUGGUGCCAAAAAUGGUCUUUGGACUUCUAGUGUAUAGCUCUUGCUUCGAUUGCUUGUCCUUAUGGACCUCACCUAGAAAACCUCCAUGCCUUACCCAAAGAGUGUCACUCACCGGGGGGUUUGCAAGCUGUUUGCAGCCUCAUGGCACUCUCACACCGUUGGCCGGGUGUGGGGCGCAGCUCGCUGAGGAGUUGCCACGGAGUGGUGGAAAAUAUGGGAGCAGGUCCGUUGGGAAAUACCUGCGAAGACCCCAUACGCCACCCAUCACAACUCAGGGCGUUUGAGGCCAACCUGCCAUGGUGAUCGGCAGAUGACAGUGAGACGAUGAGCUAAAGUGCUCACUGGCGCCCUUUGCUUUACCUAACUAGCUGAGCUAACUCUGAAUUCAGAUAGGAAAGGUUUACAACUCUAAGCUGCAGGAGGGGAGGCCAACCGAGAUCCUCAAGUGCUCUUUGAGCCAAAUCGAGGAAUCUUGCUGUGCGCGGUUCAUGCUCAAUUUGCCGUGCGCGGUUUCCAAUCGUAGAUCCUUGCUUGGAUCCCUGUCCGUUGCGCAAGCCGGUGGAGCCCAGCAACCUGCAGUGCGGCAAACUGUACAAAGUGAGUGAUGCACUGCCUCGGAAUGCUGGACCAGAGCAUGUUCAAACCUAGAGGCCAAGCUCCUCCCACCUGCGGACCAGGUCGUUGCGGACCCGUACCCUUUGGGGACCUUGGUCAGUGCCUGCAUGUGCCUGCUGUUACCACUCCUACUGCUACUCCUACUCCUCUUCCUUCUAUAGUACUAUUGCUGCGAAUUGCUGCUGCUGCUGCUUUUGCUUUGCAAAGUACUAGCUUCACUGCUAGGGGUAUAGGGACGCCCCAAGAAUUUGCAGUGGUUUCAUGAACAUGGGAUGGCCAACUGUCUGUGUUUCGAGGAACUUUUUCGGUGUGGGUUGGAUGGUGGAUCUACUUUGCCUACCGUACUACACCAGCUCCUUCAACCGAACGGCCACUGCAUCACGAGAUCGAAGCUGUGGCAGGCUUUGCUGCUGCUUGCCCUUGGUCCAAUGCGUCGUCAUACUCGUGGUCUGUGGCAUCGCCUUGGGCUUACCUGCCUUUUUCCACAGCGCCGGUGUGGUUGACCUCGAACAGCGGAUGGCAGGUACGGCGGGAAAUCCCUACGUAAUCCUGGACAUCGACCGAGAUGCCUCCGCAGAAGAGCUUCAGAAGGCCUAUGAGGCUCAACUGCGUGACGUGGAGGCUUCGAAGGACUGCAAAUUGAAGGAAUCGAAGGAAUCGCGAGAAAGCAAAGCCUGCAGGAUGAAGAAAAAGCAUUUGAAGAAGGCCAUUGAAUUUUCCUUGAGAAGAAGUGGCGAAACCAAAGAGGAGCCACCACGAAAGCAGCGUCGGCGCACGAAGUCUGAUGAAGAUCGAGAAUUCGACCAGUGGUUUGACCAGCGGAGGUCGGAAUGGGAGGCAUUGGUUGCGGAGGUGAAAGAGGGUUCGACACGACUCUUCAAAAGUGACGACAAGGCACACGAGGAUUUGUGAAGGCCCGAAACCAGAGCAAAAAGGAUGAUGUGCCGCACCAUGCCGCACCUAUCAGCUUCGUUUCGGA